AUGAACUUAGCUCAAGCCGAUGAAGAAAGACUCCUUGAACUUCAAGAAUUAGAAGAAUUGAGAUCUGAAGCCUAUGAGAACUCUAGGACCUACAAGGAGAAAACAAAACUCAUUCAUGAUAAGGGUCUCGUAAGGAAGGACUUUAGGGUUGGUCCAAAGGUUCUACUAUUCAAUUCACACCUCCAGGUCAUGCUAGGUAAGCUUAAAUCUAAGUGCCUUGGACCGUUUGAAGUUAUUAAUGUUUUUCCCUAUGGUGCAAUGGAGAUAAGAAGUUUAGACACAAGAAAGGAAUUUAAGGUAAAUGGGCAUCGUCUCAAAUUCUUCAAUGAAGGGGAAGUGGACCUUGCUCACUUGGGCUUGGUUUUGGCUUCACCCUCAUACAAUUCAGUCUAUCCUCACCCAAUGUGGAGUAAACGGCGAUAA